AUGGGCGGAGCAGAAAUUACGAUCAAAGUCAAAUACACAAAUUCGGAAAGCGGUGAUAUAGAGAAUCGUAAAUUGAUUGUAUCGCAAUCUAUUACAUGGCCUGAAAUCGAAGAACAGCUUCGUGAGAUGUUUAGCAUCCCAACAAACAAUAAAAUCGGCCUAAGUUAUACCGAUGAAGAGGAUGACUUGAUUGUAAUCUCGUCAAAUGGUGAAUUAAUUUCUGCUUUGGAGGGUAAUCAUAGCUCAAUUGUGAGAUUUGAAUUGGUGGUUAAACAACAGAGCACGGAAAAGAGCGAAGCGUUUAAAUUUGGAAAGGUGAACAUAAAUGACUUUGUAUUUGAGGGCAAUGACGAAAUUAUCAAAACCACGGAAUCAAUACUACAUACUUGGUUCAACGAAAAUUUGCCGACUAUCAUCGAGAAAGUCACCAAUGAAGUUAUUACAAAAAUAGAUCGUCAACGCCAACAAGAUGCUGCAAAUCCAACCGCUUUUACCAAAGCCGAACCAAAAGUUUUCAUUUAUCCGUCACGAAAAAUAGCUGGUAGUGACGGCGAGGCUGUGGAAGUACGCAUUCCAGCCGAUUAUCUGACUUUUACGCAUGUUUCUACGAAAACAAUUUGGGGAACUGGGAUUUAUACCGCGGACUCGGAUGUUGUUAAAGCACUUGGCCACUCUGGAUCCUAUACACUCCCGAAACAAACACCUCCGCAUGAUCUGGCAGUGAUUCUACGCUUUCUACCGGGCUGCAAACAGUAUUUUGGAAGUACUAACAAUGGGCUACGUUCCGAAGAUGUAGCAAGGUAUAAAUCUAGUUUUGUGAUCGAAAAGGUUAAAGAGAUUCCGGACUCGGCAAAUUUGUAUAUGGUUAUGGAUUAUGUGGUCGGAGGUGAACUUUUUAGUGUGCUUAGAAAAACGCAGAGAUUUCCAGAUCAUGUAGCGAAAUUUUAUGCAGCAGAAGUAUUGCUCGCAUUUGAAUAUCUACAUUCAAAAGACGUCAUUUAUCGAGAUCUCAAACCCGAAAAUUUACUGUUAGAUCGUAACGGUCACAUAAAAAUCACCGAUUUUGGAUUCGCAAAAUACGUGCCGGACGUAACAUGGACACUAUGCGGGACUCCAGAUUAUCUCGCGCCCGAAGUAAUCCAAUCAAAAGGAUAUAGCAAAGCGGUCGACUGGUAUUCCCUAGGUGUACUAAUUUUUGAAAUGCUUGCCGGUUAUCCGCCAUUCUACGACGAGGAUCACAUGCGUCUUUACGAAAAAAUUGUGGCAGGUCGUGUAAGAUACCCAGGCUUUUUCGAUCCGGUUGUCAAAGAUUUGCUUAAACGAUUAUUAACGGCCGACCUGAGUAAGCGUUAUGGUAAUUUGAAAGGUGGUAGUGAGGAUAUUAAGCAGCAUAAUUGGUUUAAAGGCGUUGAUUGGGAGAGAUUGUGUCGACUAGAGAUUGAGGCACCGUAUAUUCCUCAGGUGAGCGGAGAUGGAGAUGCUAGUAAUUUUGACAUGUAUCCUGAGGAACAAGAACCUUAUGGGAAACCAUGUUCUGAUAUACAUCGCGACAAGUUUCCGUCAUUUUAA